AUGAAUAUCAACUUCCUCCAGAUAAACCUUCAACGGAGCACCACGGCUCAGAGAUUGGCAUCACAGACCUCCGCUGAAAUCGGCGCCCAGGUCCUACUGUUCUCCGAGCAAAACUGGAGUCCGGCUCGGGACGACCGAUGGGUAGUCAGCACCAACGGCACCUGCGCAAUCGUCCUAACACCCGUGGCCGACUUCGUAGCGGAAACCUCCGGGUCGGGCCGCGGAUUCGCCUGGAUGCAGACGAGAGGCGUGAGGUUUUACAGCUGCUACAUCUUGAGAAACGACUCGGAUGAACAUUUCUUAACUUUCCUUGGCUGUCAGCUCUGUCCGCCGAUCCAAGCUGUACCCUCAUUCUAG